AUGAUCCAUACACAAACCGGGUCGGAUCGUCGGAUUCUAACUUUUCCGGCGGUUAACCCGUGCGAAUCGAUUUCCAUCACAACUCUCGUCGACUCACUGUUACAAAUCGCCGGUGAGAUUCUCAGCUUCAAACCAAAACAUUUCUCCACGAACAAGCGAAGCGUCAAAGAAACUCUCCGACAUAUCCAAAACCUCGUGAUCAUCCUCGACGAAAUCCGGAUUCAAAUCCGGGUCGGGUCAAUAUCGGCGAGUCGUUCCUUCACUCGCUCGGCAAUCCUAAGCCUAUCAGAGCUCCACGUCAUCUUCCAGAAACUCAAGUUGCUUCUACAAGACUGUACACGAGAAGGAGCUAAGCUAUAUACGUUGAUAAACUCCGACCAAGUCUCAGCUCAUUUCCGGGUCUUGAUCCGAUCCGUAUCCACUUGCCUCGACGCUUUCCCAGUCGGGUCCGUUGACUUACCUGGAGAAAUCAACGAGCUAUUCUAUCUGUUAAUCCGUCAGACCCGUAAAUCCGAAGCAAGACCCGACCCGGGUGACAAACGGGCUAUAGACUCGGUUUAUUGGGUCUUGAAUCUGUUCGAGAACCGGAUUAACCCGAACCGAGAUGAAAUACUCCAAGUUCUUGAUCAUAUUGGUGUUCGAAAAUGGAGAGAUUGCGUCAAGGAGAUUGAUUUUCUAGGAGAAGAGAUCAACGCCGAGAAGAAGGAUAAGAAAGAAAUCGAGCUUCUUAGCAGCUUAAUGGGAUUCAUAUGCUACUCCAGAUGCGUGAUACUUCGAGGCAUUGAUGAUGAUGAAGAUGAAAAAGAAGAAGAGGAUUUGUUUAAUCGUGGUUUAAACGUUGAUGAUCUUCGUUGCCCGAUUUCUCUAGAGAUUAUGAAUGAUCCAGUGGUUUUAGAAACAGGACACACGUAUGAUCGGAGCUCUAUCAAGAAAUGGUUUUCCUCCGGCAACAUCACGUGCCCUAAGACCGGGAAGAUUCUUGCGAGUACUGUUUUAGUUGAUAACGUAUCCGUCAAGCAAGUGAUUCAGAGUUACUGCAAGCAAAACGGCGUAGAGAUUGAUCAGAAGAAGAAGACGAAGAAGAAAUCGACUGUUCCUGAGAGUUUAGCGGCGGAAGAAGCCGGGAAGCUCAUGGCGGAAUUUCUCGCCGGGGAAUUAAUCAAUGGUGGUGAAAAAGAGAUGGUUAAAGCGUUAGUGGAGAUUCGAGUUCUCACCAAGACGAGUAGUUUUAAUAGGUCUUGCUUGGUGGAAGCUGGUGUUGUGGAAUCGCUGAUGAAGAUGCUUCGUUCGGGAGAUCAGACGAUUCAAGAGAACGCCAUGGCUGGGAUUUUGAAUCUAUCGAAGGAUACCUCCGGGAAAACACGAAUCGCCGGAGACGGUGGUGGAUUGGAGAUCAUCGUGGAGGUUCUCAACGAAGGAAUUAGAAGAGAGAGUAGACAAUAUGCAGCAGCUUCUCUGUUCUAUCUAUCGUCUCUCGGAGAUAACAGCAGAUUGAUCGGAGAAAUCCCGGACGCGAUUUCGGGAUUGUUGAGAGUCGUUAAAGGUUGCGAUUACGGAGAUUCGGCGAAACGGAACGCGUUAAUCGCGAUUAGGAGUUUGUUGAUUCAACAUCCCGAUAAUCACUGGCGUGUCCUCGCCGCUGGAGCGACACCUGUUCUUCUCGAACUCGUGAAAUCCGGCGACGGAGUCAGGGCGGACUCGAUGGCGAUUCUCGCGAAAAUGGCGGAGUAUCCCGACGGUAUGAUUUCUGUGCUCCGUCGUGGAGGAUUGAAACUCGCGGUGAAGAUUCUGGGUUCGUCGGAUAGUUCGCCGGCGACGAAGCAGCACUGUGUUGUUCUGCUUCUGAAUCUGUGUGUUAACGGCGGAAAUGACGUCGUUGGGGCACUCGUUAAGGAUCCGUCGAUUAUGGGGUCGCUUUACACGGUGUUAAGUAACGGCGAGUGUGGUGGAGUUGGGAGAAAGGCAAGUGCUCUUAUCAAAAUGAUUCAUGAGUUCCAGGAGAGGAAAACCGGUACGGCCGAACCGGCUUUUGAAAGAGAACGGUUUAUCCACGCCUGGUGA